AUGGCCAAGCUGGAUGUCAGCAGCCAAAAGAUACUCUUGAAAAGAGCAAUUCUCGGCUUGAUUGCUGUUGUCGCCUUUUCGUCACGUCUAUUCAGUAUUGUUCGAUAUGAGUCUAUUAUUCACGAAUUUGACCCUUGGUUCAAUUACCGUGCUACUCGCAUGUUGGUUAAAGAUGGUUUCUAUGAAUUUUGGAACUGGUUUGAUGAUCGUUCAUGGUAUCCUCUUGGACGCGUUGUUGGCGGCACCAUCUAUCCAGGCCUCAUGGUCACUGCAGCCAUCAUUCACAACAUACUUCAUUAUUUCCAUUUCCCAGUAGACAUUCGUAACAUUUGUGUGCUGUUAGCUCCCAUGUUCUCUGGCCUCACUGCCUUUGCAACGUACCUUUUGACAAAGGAGCUCAAAGAUAGCUCAGCAGGUCUUUUAGCUGCUGUGUUUAUGGGCAUUGCUCCAGGCUACAUCUCUCGUUCGGUCGCUGGUUCCUAUGACAAUGAAGCGAUUGCCAUCUUUUUGCUCAUGUUUACAUUUUACCUCUGGAUCAAGGCUCUCAAAUUGGGAUCUGCUCUUUGGGCUUCAGCAGCUGCCUUCUUUUACUUUUACAUGGUAGCUGCUUGGGGCGGUUAUGUGUUUAUCAUCAACAUUAUCCCAUUACACGUCUUUGUGUUGAUGUUGAUGGGCCGUUUCUCUAGCCGUGUGUAUGUGUCCUACUCUACAUUCUACAUUCUGGGUACACUUCUGUCAAUGCAGAUCCCCUUUGUCGGUUUCCAACCUACUCGCACAUCUGAGCACAUGGCUGCUUUAGGUGUGUUUGGUCUCUGCCAAAUCAUGGGUUUUGUCAACUUGAUGCGUAGCCAUCUUCAAACAAAGCAGUUCCAAAUUCUGCUCAAGGCAUUUGUAGGUGUUACCUUUGUAUUGGGUUUCGCUGCUCUUGUGGGUUUGACCUUGGGCGGCUAUAUUGCUCCUUGGACCGGUCGCUUCUACUCUCUUUGGGAUACUGGUUAUGCCAAGAUCCAUAUUCCCAUCAUUGCCUCUGUCUCUGAGCAUCAGCCUACUGCCUGGCCCAUGUUCUUCUUUGACUUGCAAAUGCUCAUCUUUGUCUUCCCUGUGGGUAUCUACUUGUGUUUCCAGACAUUGCGCGACGAGCAUGUCUUUGUCAUUGUAUACGGUAUCUUUGCUUCCUACUUUGCUGGUGUCAUGGUGCGUUUGAUGUUGACAUUGACGCCCGUUGUUUGUAUCUGUGGCGGUAUGGCUAUCUCUACUUUGUUGGAUACCUAUCUCGAUUUCUCCAAUACAGAAGCUACUGCUGUCACUUCAUCCUCUGGCGCAGAAGACGAAAAGCAGAAGAAAAAGAAGCCUUUCUCCUCAACCGCCAAGGGCAAGAAGGUCUUUGGUAUCAUUGCCAACGACACUCGCAUUAUUGUAGUAGGUACAUUUGUCUUUUUCUUGUUCAUGUUUGUCUGGCACUGUACCUGGGUCACCUCCAAUGCCUACUCUUCUCCCUCUGUCGUGCUCGCCUCUCGUAACCCUGAUGGCUCUCAGCGCAUCAUUGACGAUUUCAGAGAAGCCUACUACUGGUUGCGCAAGAACACGGACGAAGAUGCCAAAAUCAUGUCUUGGUGGGAUUAUGGUUACCAGAUUGCUGGUUUCUCUAACCGCACUACGCUUGUCGAUAACAACACCUGGAACAACACACACAUUGCCACUGUGGGCCGUGCCAUGUCUACCAACGAAGCCGAUUCUUAUGAGAUUAUGAAGAAGCACGAUGUCAGCUAUGUGUUGGUCAUUUUCGGUGGUCUUUUAGGCUAUUCCGGAGACGAUAUCAACAAGUUCUUGUGGAUGAUCCGUAUUGCUCAGGGUAUUUGGCCCGAUAAGAUCAAGGAGUCUGAUUUCUUUACUGCUCAAGGUGAAUAUCGUGUGGAUGACCAAGCUUCUCAAGCCAUGAAGGAUUCGCUCAUGUACAAGAUGAGUUACUAUCGAUUCAACGAAGUGUUUGGUGGUCGUCAACCUUACGAUCGUGUGCGUAAUCAACCACUGCCCAUGAAGGGACCUGAAUUGUCCGUGUUGGAUGAAGCAUUCACCUCAGAAAAUUGGAUUGUUAGAAUUUACAAGGUCAAGGAUUACGAUAACCUUGGUAGAGAUCACCGCGAGGCUAUGGCUUUUGAGGCAGGUAACAAGAAAGUGAAGGCCAAGAGAAGCAAGAAGAGUUCUGAGCGUAGAAAGAGAGCAGCAGCAUCGUAUGAUGACUUGGAUUAA